UAUCACACUUUAGAGACACAGCAUAGCCUUCGUUCUCUCCAUCCAUCUGCACUUUCCUUUCUUCUUCCUAAAGCCCUAAUCCCUCUUCAUUCUAUUUCCUCUCUCGAUUCGGGUCCAUUUUCGAGCUUCUGUCACUGAGAAUCUCUGCUCCAAUGGCGGGAAGUCGUGAUACUUCAUCGAGCAGCAACUCGCCGCCUCCGCCAUUUUUGAGCAAAACCUACGACAUGGUGGACGACCCGUCCACCAACUCAAUCGUCUCGUGGAGCAGUCAAAACAACAGCUUUAUCGUCUGGAAUGAGCCUCAGUUUGCCAGGGAUCUAUUGCCUAAGUAUUUCAAGCACAAUAACUUCUCAAGCUUCGUCAGGCAGUUGAAUACUUAUGGUUUUAAGAAGGUUGACCCAGACCGAUGGGAAUUUGCUAAUGAGGGGUUUCUAAGAGGUCAAAAGCACCUUUUGAAGACUAUCAGCAGGAGGAAAACUACUCAUGUACAUCAACAAGCACAAACUCCAAGCUCUCAGGUUGGAGCAUGCGUAGAACUUGGAAAUUUUGGGCUGGAGGAGGAGGUUGAAAGACUUAAGCGGGACAAAAAUGUUCUUAUGCAGGAACUUGUAAGGUUGAGGCAGCAACAGCAAACUACAGAUCACCAAUUGCAAAAUGUGGGUCAACGGGUUCAGGUGAUGGAACAGCGGCAGCAGCAAAUGAUGUCAUUCCUCGCAAAGGCUAUGCACAGACCUGGUUUGUUGGCCCAGCUAGUACAGCAGCAAAAUGAAAGUAACAGGCACAUCACUGUAGGCAAUAAGAAAAGGAGACUUCCAAGACAAGAAGAAGAAAAUUCAGCUAGUGAGCAUUUGAUUUAUUCUCCAGAUGGACAAAUUGUGAAGUACCAGCCUUCAAUGAACGAGGCGGCAAAAGCAAUGCUUCGACAGAUUUUGAAGAUGAACGCAUCUCCUAGACGGGAGCCAUCAAUGAACAAUCCUGAUGCUUUCCUGAUUGACAAUGUUCCUUCUUCCAAUGCAUUAGAUAGUGGGAGUAAAGAUACCAAUAGUAGGAUUUCUGAAGUGACCCUUUCAGAGGUUCCGCAAAGUUCUGCACAGUCAGACCCUGGAUUUCCUGUCAUUUCUUCUUCUAAACCCCCUUCUGAGAUCCGGACUUCACCUCUUGUGGGUAGCAAUUCUGUGAAGGCAGCUCAAUUGCCAGAAGUUAAUGUGCAGAGUUCUCAUGAGGACAAAACUUUGCCCGAUUUCAUUCCAAUGAUAGGAACUCAGCUGCAAAGCACCGAGGAACUCUCUGAUGUGAAUUUUGUGAACUCUGGAACUACUAAUGCAGAAGACGAAGAUAUGUCAGUGGUUUUGGAUGGCUCAACGCUUGUAGAAACUGAUGACUUUUCUCCUGAUUCUCGUGAUGGGGAAAUAUUGCUGGAUGGAGUUCCCAAGCUCCCAGGAAUCAAUGAUUCUUUCUGGGAACAGUUUUUUACAGGAAGCCCACUCACUGGCGGUAUGGACGAAAUUAAUUCAAGUUCUGUAGAUUGUGAAAUGACGCAGGAUGAGGACUUCCUAUUAGGGAAGGAGAAUGGAUGGGAUCAUACACAACAUAUGACUAAUCUCACCGAAGGAAUGGGGCUUUUGGCAUCAGAAUGCAGAAGGAUUUGACUCUUGUCUUCUCAAUUGUAUAUACUUGCCAUCUAGAGAUUACAAAAUUGUUCAACGUGCCAUUUUCAUCUGCUACUUUCUCAUCUUUCAUCAAGGGCACGUAAUAGCACAUAUUUUGUUACCAUAUGAUAUGACGAGGAGAAACUUAUUUUGCUAGUUGAUAAUUAUUGCAUGGAACCCUUGGCCUUGGGGCUUGAUAUCCACAACACGUAGUUCGAUCUAGAGAUCAUUGGGGGCAUUUAUUGCAUUGUAUAUGAGGGAUGAUUUAAUUGUAGAAGCAUAAUACUAUCGAGUUCCAAUUUUGUACAUUUAAAUGGUUCUUGCAGAGAUUGAUAUUGAGCUGUGCAGCUGUGCUGCCUGAGCAUGCAACCUUUUCUUCAAAGAGAAUGCCAAGUUACCUUACGAUAUUGAAGUUUAAAUAAA